GCUUAAACAUAACCUCAAUUUUUUUUAAGGUUAUGUCUAACAAAAAUACAACAAAACAAAGAAAUAAUCCAAAGUUCCCUAAUGGAUCCAGACGAAGUGGAGUUUUGGGCGGAAAAAACCCCCAUCCAGAUAGUUCCCACGUUUAACAGUAAACCGAUAUUCCUUAUCGGUGGGGACGUGGGGCCCUUCAGGGCCAGCAUACCCAUUAACGUGCCCCUCUGGCUAGCCAUUAAUUUAAAGAAACAACAGCAGUGCAAAAUUAUCCCCCCCGAUUGGAUGGACGUGGACCAUCUAACGGAACUGAAAGAAUCCGAAAAAAUUGAAAAGUCCCUUAUAAAAAUGCCUAGCGAGCACUACAUGGUUGAGGCGAAACUGAUCCUUGGAAAUGCCUCCGAUGACAUACCUCGGGCAGAUGAAAUUAGAACGAUUAUAAAAGACAUAUGGGACAUCAGGAUGUCCAAGCUAAGAUCCUCGAUGGAUUCGAUGGUUAAAAAUGUGUCCAUGUAUGCGGCAAUUGAUAAUAUCACUUUUAUGGAGAUGAAUUCGAUCAGGCCCUUACUGCCCCAUGCUCUGGAUCAAGUUUAUAGGAUUAAAAUUAGCAAAAAAGGUCCGGGACGGACCCAAGGCAGCAGCACAUUUUCACACUCCAGAACGGCCACGUCAUUUACAACAUAAUUUAAUUAAAAGUCCAUUUAUUUUAAUAAUAAAUAUAUCUUUUAUAAAAAAUAUUAUUGUUA